CUAACCUCAAAAGUAUCAAGUUAGUGAAAAUGUUAUAGUUAUUGCGACAUAAUUAAUAAACAAAAAUUAAAAGUUUUAUAUCAUACCUAAACACAAUUAUGAAAUAAUCAAAAUCAUAAUGACUUUCUUUGUUUUUGUACGCCUGAUUUAUAUAUAAUUUUGAUAACGAGUUUUUAAAAUGCAACGGUUAAGACAUACAAGUAAAUACUUUAGAUUAUUGUAUACUGUUAGAGAACUAAGCCGAAAAUGUUCUAUACUUACUUCAAAUUUUACCUCAAGUAUUGAAGCUUCAGAUAGCGAAACAUUAACAUUACAAAGAUGGAGUAAAACUAUCCUUUCUCAAGAUAUUGGCUUGAGAUUCUUUAUGGAAAUGGACAAUAACAGGACAGCAGAUAUCACAAAUAUGACUAAUGACGAAUUAAACGAUUUAUUACAAGAUCUUAUGUCUAAAAAUAGAGAUAAGCUACUCUCAAAGUAUUUGAAUGAGUGUCUUGAUAAACAGAAACAUUACAGCACAAAUGUACUUAAAAAACUAUUUAGAUAUUGCAGUAUAUCUGGGCGAGUUGAUAUGGUGGAGGUACUUCAGAAGUACUGUUUUAAAGUUGACUAUCAUUUGUUUAAGAGGAAUGGAGAAUUCAUGCAUUAUGUAGCCAAAGCGCAGUGCAUGAAAGGAAAUUCUCAACAAGGACUUUCUGUUUUAAAGGAGGCUUACAUAAAAUAUUCAGGUUUGAGAAGUUUUUAUAGAGUGAUAUUUAGAGAGCUAAUCAAUGAUUCUGUGUUGAAUCGCUCUGAAGCAUCUAUGGUGAUAUUUAAAAAAUAUGUUCUGGAAUUUAGCGAGACUUGGAAUGAUCAUUACCCCCUUAUCUGUUAUUGGCAUAUCUGUUGGUCAAGCAACUGGUUUUCAGAUCAACAGAUAUCAAAUGAGCUAUUGGAAACAUCUGAAGCUUUACAAAAUAUUGUUAGAGAUAAGGCAUCAACAUUCAGUAUUAACAUCCUUCGUGACUACAAUGAGGAUGCUGUUGUGAGAUUAUUGCAGAGUCUACUAAAGUUUCAUAUGAUGGACGAGUAUGCCAAAGUAUUGGAAAUAUUAUUCAACUACAAAUUAAAGAACAAAGACUUGCGAGGAUGCACAGAGAUUGUCAAAAACUGUGAAACCCUUGGUAUAUCAUUGCCAGCCGAUCAACAAGGGAGAUACAUAAAAAUGUUAAUAUACAAGGACUACUCAGAUGUCAAAGCAGAGGACAAACCGAAGAAACUGACGUCAAAGAAUUUUAAGUUGAAGUUUUAGACUGAUUAAUAUAUAGGUAUCACCACCUCUAACACCAACUUCAGACUGCUGUGUUGUGUGAUGCUCAUUGUUUGGCAUACAACAUAAAUAUAUAUUUAAACAAAUCAAUG